AUGGACCCUAACAACGUUCCCACUAGCACCGAGGCCGAGCUUGAGUCCUUCCGCCAGAAAUGGAGAGAAGAAGUGACUGCCCGGUCCAAGGGCAAGGCGCCUGCAUCAUCUGCAUCGGUGAAGAACACCGCUUUUUCAUCCGUAACGGGCAAACCUCAUGCAAGCAAAAGCAAUGCGCCCGACGUGCAGCAUCAUACUCGUGCUAGAAGCUUGAGUUUAGAAGGCGGUGACGAAGUCAACUCCUAUACCUAUCAUAAUCUGGGCGAAAAGCAACAUGGCCGGAGACUUGAUGAAACGAGCGCCCAGGCUGCUGCCGCCAUUGCUGAAGAGACAGAACCGACGUCUGCUCUAGAACAUUAUGAGAAAGCCGUAGAGAAGGAGAGUCAAGGUAGCCUGGGUGACAGUGUAGAUCUGUACAGAAAAGCGUUCAAGCUCGAUUCUGGCGUUCAAGAGACCUACAAAGCGAAGCACUUCCCACCCUCAUAUUUCAAGAAACUCAAGGCUGCACAAGCAGCAAGUGCCCCAAGUGCAUCAGCAACAGCAGCAGCAUCAUCCGCCCCUGUACCCAAGCCCCAGGAUCCCAAUCCGUCCAAUGCUUCUGCCACGGUGCCUAACACUGCCCACCACUCCCUACAUGGUCUCUCUCCCACGUACCAAAACUUGAUCAGCGAAUACUCGAGCACAUCCAUCCUCGGCGAGCCACCACCAACGGAUCUUAGCCCCGCACCUCCAUCGCCGAUCUCUCAUAUUCCAGAAGAGAUAAUCGUCGAGAUAUUGGAACAAGUCGCCGUGCAGGAUAUAGCAUCCUUCGCCCGCCUGGCCCAAGUAUGCAAACGCCUCGCCUACCUAGUAACCACUGAAGACCGUGUCUGGAAACGUCUCGCUCUAGGUCCCGAAUAUGGUUUCGCAUCCAUGCACUAUACAUGGUCCUGUGAAGUGGGUGGGAAACCACUCAACGACAACGAGACAGACGGAAUUACCCUAGGCACCGCGAAUCUUGACCUCUCAGAUGCCGAAGAGAUUGAGUCAGCAGUCGAACCACUCUCACCAGUAGCACUAACUCAGCUUCUCGUUCCCACGCCUUACCCUACUUACCGCACGCUCUUCCGCCAACGCCCUCGUAUCCGCUUCAACGGCUGCUACAUCAGUACGGUCAACUAUACGCGCCCAGGACAAGCACUACCUACGACCUCGUCUUGGAACUCGCCCAUCCACAUCGUAACCUACUUCCGCUAUCUGCGUUUCCUGCGCGACGGGACAUGCAUUUCCCUACUCACCACUACCGAGCCGGCCGAUGUAGUUCCCUAUCUGUACGUCGAACACAUCCACAAGAACCACCACAACCUGCCUAGUGCAUCGAUGAAAGACGCCGUGCUGGGUCGCUGGCGCAUGAGCGGUCCGGAGCCUGGCGGCGAAGAACAAGAAGGUACACUGCUUAUAGAAAAACCAGGCGCUACGCCAAAGUACAUGUACAAGAUGGCGCUUAGCUUCGGUAAUGCAGGAAGAGGGGCUAAGAACAAUAAACUGGUUUGGCAAGGGUACUGGAGUUACAACCGGUUGACAGAUGAUUGGGCCGAGUUUGGACUGAAGAAUGAUCGCGCGUUCUAUUUUAGUAGGGUAAAGAGUUAUGGAAUGAGCUGGGAUGAGAGGGGGAUCAAGGAGCAGUAA